AUGGCUGAUGUUGAGUCCUCUGUACCAGGUGAGCUGCAGGCUCAGAAGGUGCUCUAUUGUGCUGUCUGCACUCUACCACCAGAGUAUUGUGAAUAUGGAGGCACCGUGAAGAAAUGCCAGGAAUGGCUCCAGAAGACUCAUCCAGACCUCUACCACAGGAUAUGGUCACCUGAAGCCCUAGCAGCCUCCACAGCCGACCUCUCCAUCGAAGCCCAGAAGCGCGCCGAAAAGGAUGCCCAGAAGAAGACGGCCAAGGCCGAGGCCGCCGAGCAGAAGCAGGCCGACAAACGUGCAUCCAGCACGGUGGUCAUCAAGCGCAUCGAGAGGAACAAGCGCAAGUUCGUCACCGCCGUCUCGGGGCUCGAGGCCUUCGACCUCGAGCUGAAGAAGGUCGCCAAGGAGUUUGGCAAGAAGUUCGCCACAGGCUCCAGCGUCACAAAGACUCCAUCCGGCGGCGAGGAGAUUGUCGUGCAGGGCGAUGUGAGCGACGAGAUCGAGGAGUUUUUGCUCGAGAAAUACAAGCAGAUACCCGAGGAUAACAUCGAGUUCGUGGACGAUAAGAAGAAGAAGGGAGCGAGC